CUCUCUCUCUCUCCAAUAAAAGUUGUCACCUUUAAGUGUGUUCUAAUGGAGAUUAUUCUCUACUCAUCAUCCUUCUCUCUUUCUAUAUCCUCUUCAUUUAUUAAGCCACUCUUUCACGCUUUUUAAGACAAUUAACAGCCACGGGUCGUAAAAGCUAAAGCCUUUUGCUUUGAAUUCAAGUGAUUGAGAGAAGUGGAAGAAUCAUGACUAUUGGGUUUUCUUUUCUGAUCCGAUUCUUAAUCUGAUAUUGUCAAUUUUUCUUCAUCUCUUUCAGGUAAGAGGUUGUUUGUGACAAUGGGGUGGCUUACUAAAAUCCUCAAGGGUUCUAGCCGUAAAUGUUCAGACGGACAAGUUAACAGAAGAUACAAUAGAGAGGAUAGGAGCUUGGAGUCCACUCCUCGUUAUUCUGCGGAAGGAUCUGAUUUUGACAAAGAAGAGAUUGAAUGUGCUAUUGCACUCUCCCUUUCUGAACAAGAACAUGUAAUUCCACAAGAUGACAAAGGAAAGAAAGUCAUCGAAUACAAGUCUGAAACCGAAGAAGAUAAUGAUGAUGAUGAUGAAGAUGAGGAUGAGGAUGAUGACGAAGAAUACAUGAGAGCUCAGCUAGAAGCAGCAGAAGAAGAGGAGAAAAAGGUAGCUCAGGCUCAAAUCGAGGAAGAAGAGAAACGACGAGCUGAAGCUGAACUAGAAGAGUUAGAGAAACAGCUUGCAAAAGCUCGGUUAGAAGAGGAAGAAGUUAGGCGUGCCAAAGCUCAACUAGAGGAAGAUGAACAACUCGCAAAGGCUCUUCAAGAAAGUAUGGAUGCUGGAUCUCCUCCUAGAUAUGAUUCUGGAAGUAUGUUUCCAUCAUACCCGUUCCUUGUUCCAUCUAGGAUAUGCACUGGUUGCCGAGCUGAAAUUGGACAUGGAAGGUUUUUGAGUUGCAUGGGUGGCGUUUGGCAUCCUGAAUGUUUUUGCUGCCAUGCUUGUGAUAAGCCCAUCGUAGACUAUGAGUUCUCCAUGUCAGGAAACCGGCCUUAUCACAAACUAUGUUACAAGGAGCAGCAUCAUCCAAAAUGUGAUGUUUGUCAUAACUUUAUUCCGACAAAUCCAGCUGGUCUCAUUGAGUACAGAGCACAUCCCUUUUGGAUGCAAAAGUACUGUCCUUCACAUGAGCGUGAUGGAACUCCUCGAUGUUGUAGCUGUGAGCGAAUGGAGCCGAAAGAUACAAAGUAUCUCAUACUCGAUGAUGGUCGAAAGCUGUGUCUUGAAUGUCUAGACUCAGCCAUUAUGGACACUCAUGAAUGCCAACCGUUGUAUCUUGAGAUACGUGAGUUUUAUGAAGGCUUACACAUGAAAGUAGAACAGCAGAUUCCUAUGCUGUUGGUGGAGAGAUCAGCUUUAAACGAAGCUAUGGAAGGAGAGAAACAUGGACAUCAUCACUUACCUGAAACUAGAGGUCUUUGUUUGUCUGAAGAACAAACUGUCACAACGGUGUUAAGGAGACCAAAGAUUGGGGCAGGCUACAAGUUGAUAGACAUGAUCACAGAGCCUUGCAGGCUGGUGCGCCGUUGUGAAGUCACUGCCAUUCUCAUCUUAUAUGGACUUCCCCGUUUGUUAACUGGAUCAAUCUUAGCACAUGAGAUGAUGCAUGCAUGGCUUCGACUAAAUGGGUAUCCAAAUCUUAGACCAGAAGUGGAAGAAGGGAUAUGUCAGGUUUUAGCUCACAUGUGGUUGGAAUCAGAGACUUAUGCUGGCUCUACAUUAGUAGACAUUGCAUCUUCUUCGUCUUCAUCAUCAUCCGCUGUAGCCACUGCAUCGUCCAAGAAAGGAGAGAGGUCAGACUUUGAGAAGAAACUUGGUGAGUUUUUCAAGCACCAGAUAGAAUCAGAUUCUUCAACUGCAUACGGGGAUGGGUUCAGGCAAGGUAACCAAGCUGUUCUUACUCAUGGUCUGAAGCGAACUCUCGACCACAUUCGCUUGACCGGUACAUUUCCUUGAUGGGAUUUGAAACUAUAAAAGAGAUAAAACAAAUAGUUUUUUUUAGAGUAUAAACUGAGAGAAAAUGGGGAAAAAAUGUAUAGUUGCAAUACACAUUUAAGAGUCAUAAAGUUUCUACCUCCAAGUGUACUUUUAAAUGCAUUUUAAAGACUUGUUACGCCCACUACGUUUUCACAUCGUCAACGAGAAGUGGACAAGUCAAUAAUGUUGUAGAAAAGUUAAGGUUCAAGAAGAUCCUAAUGGAUUGCAUUGUUUUAUAUUCCAAUUUUUUUUUUCUUUCUUGCUCAAAGAUAUGUUAGUUGUUAUAUGGAGAAGCUUAUGAUUAUUACAAACGAUGCUUCGGCUUUAUUACAUUUGUGGACCAAAAUGGAUAGAGAAUCAAUCAAUAUAUGUAUGAAAAUUU